AUGGCUUAUCUGUUAUGUUCUGUUCUUUCUGUCUUUUUCUGUGUGAUUAUGGAUCUGCCAGACCCUGAUAUGAUAAAUGGGCAGAGUGCUAGUCAGGCAGCUCCAGUGGGCCGUACAACCCCAAUGGUUGGUUCUGAUACACUUUCGCAGUUUGCUACGUUGAUUGCUCAGAUGAUGAGCGAGACUCAGAGUAGAGCCUCUACUGUUCGAUCUGAGGAUAUAUAUAAACAUCUACAGUUGUUUCUGAGAUUGAAACCUCCGAGGAAGGUACCAUUGGCAGUUUUUCUGUUGGAUGGGGAAGCAGAGCACUGGUGGAUAGGCCAGUCGGAGGUGAAAUUCCAAGGGAAGCUAAAUUCUUUGAUUACUUGGGAAGAAUUUUUUGAGGAAUUUCGAUCGUGGUUUGUACCUCCUUCUGCACGACAGCAGAUGCAGGAGACUUUUCUGAGACUUAUUCAGGGGAGCAGGACUGUGAUGCAGUAUGAGGCAGAAUUUACUACUUUAGCCCGUUAUGCUCCACAGUUGUGCUUCAGGACGACUGGUCAGUGCUUUAAAUGUGGUCAGCCAAGACAUCGGAUUGUAGAGUGUCCACAGGCUGGAUUCGAUAGACGAUCUGAGUUUCGAUCUGAUAGUAGACCUGUUGGUUCAGUAGGAAGACCGAGGACUGUUCCUCAACGUACUAUGACUGAAGGAUCUUCUGGUGGUAGAGGUGGUGGAUCUAGUUCUGUGGCACGGAGACCACCUACUGGUAGUCAGAGGGAGUCUAGUGGUUUAGUAGCUCCAGCUCCAGUUCAACCUCGUGUGUAUAGUUUGAGUCAGCAGGAGGCUCGAGAUGCUCCAGAUGUGGUGAUAGGUACGAUUUAUAUUUUUGAUCAACCAUGUCGUGUUUUGUUUAAUUCUGGAGCCAGUCACUUGUUUCUUUCCGAGCGUUGUUUUGAUGCUUUGCAUAUGGAUUCUAUUUUGCUACCGGUUUCUCUUUCUGUUAUUUUGCCGGCUAGAAGCAAUUUGAUCGCCUGA